CCGCAGUAGCGACAUCAAGCCGGCUUGCACAAUUGCCUUUGACAAAAUACUUGCCCAACUCACCUGGGAACUGCAGCAACACUAGGAUUAAAGACAUAAAAAUCCAGAUGCAGGUGAUGAGGCGGUACAACCGUAAGUGGACAAAACAGGACAACAAUAUCAACAGGUUCAGGUCUGAGCUGAACCACAGUUGCCAGGGAGAAUCCGAAGCCAUCAUCACGCAAGAGAACACUCCUUUGGGGACAUUAAUUGAGUAUGAUGGUGAAAAUAAAAAGCAUUUCAAGGUGACCUCGCAACUCUUCAAGACAUUCAGUAAGGAGCAGCCGUUUAAGAAUUUUACCUGGAAGACAUGUGCUGUUGUGGGGAAUGGUGGGAUCCUGGUCAAUAGCAGCUGUGGAGAGGAGAUAAACUCCGCAGAGUUUGUCAUCAGGUGUAAUCUCCCUCCUUUGGGAGACAACUAUAAGAAAGAUGUAGGCAACAAGACAGACGUUGUGACCGCAAAUCCCAGCAUCCUCUUGGAAAAGUUCGAGGGCCUGACGGAACUGCGGCGCCCCUUUGUGGAAAGAAUGCGCGACUACGGCGACUCCUUGCUGGUGCUGCCCGCCUUCUCUUACACCGCCAACACCCCUGUCUCGCUGCGCGCCGUCUACACCCUCCAGGAGUUCGGGAGCCCCACCCGCGCCGUCUUCUUCAACCCCAGGUAUCUGAGAAGCCUGGCGAAGUUCUGGACGGCGCGGGGCCUGGCGGGUUGGCGGCUCAGCACCGGGGCCAUGGUGGCCAGCCUGGCGCUGGGGCUGUGCUCAGACGUGCGCCUCUACGGCUUCUGGCCUCACCCACUGCACCCGCACGGGUGUCAGCCGCUCACCAACCACUACUACGACGACAAGCCGGGCACCAGAGCACACAACAUGGGCGCCGAGUUCGAGCACCUGCUGCGCCUCCACGAGAAGGGCGUGGUGAAGGUGCACCUAGGGAAGUGCUCGGCUGACCCCAGGUAA